AUGUUCACUAAUCAGCCACUUCUUAAUCUCGUAUUCAGAUCGGUACGACACUACUCCUCGAAGAAAUCCGCGAGUUCCGCCAGGUAUAUCGCCAGACAGAAAAGAGACCCGUUCACAAAGGCUGCAAAGUUCCUCAACUACAAGUCCAGAGCUGCCCAUAAAUUGAUCCAAAUAGAUGACCAUUUCAAGUUAUUCAAGCCAGGGUUCUCUGUGGUGGACCUAGGAUUUGCUCCUGGUGCGUGGACCCAAGUCGCAGUGGAGAGGACGACCCCUGGCGGCCGUGUACUGGGUGUUGAUAUCAUUCCAGCAAAUCCUCCUAAAGGUGCUUCAGCUUUACAGGCAAAUAUACUGAGCAAGAAGACACAUGUGAUAGUGAGAAACUUCUUUUCAGAGCCGCAGCAUACUGGUGAACUCGAAUUGGAUCAAAGUUAUAUUGCUUCUGAAAUGCAAGAGACCGUGGAACGUGACUUGGCCAGUGACGAUGAGGAAAUCAUCUUGAAGGAGAAUGAAAAGUACCCGGUUGACAUUGUGAUGAGUGAUAUGUAUGUUCCAGUUGAACCCCCGGAGAGAUUUUGGAAUAAUACAACUAAUUCUGCAUAUAUUAGGAUGGCCAAUACGUCAGGCCUCGCUAUCAAGGAUCACGCAGCAAGCAUUGAUCUAUGCGAUGCGGCACUAAUUAUGGCAAUUGACCUUCUAAAGCCAAAGGGGUCCUUCAUCUGUAAAUUCUACACAGGAACAGAAGAUGCUGGCUUAGAGAAGAGGCUCCAAAGGGUAUUUGAUAAAGUGAAAAGAUACAAGCCGGAAGCCAGUAGAUCAGAAUCAAAGGAGAUGUACUUUGUGUGUCAAAAGAAGAAGAAAGACGUUAAUAAGCUUAAAGUGUUUAGUUAA